GACAGUCAAACCAAACAUCGUCGUAAUGUCGGGAAAGUACUUGUUUCUAUUGUUUAUUUAUCUGCAUUCCUGAACAAAACCCUGCAUCAUGUCAUGACAAAAACUAUCUCUCAGUUUUAGCCGAUUAUCGAUUACAUUCGGCAGUCGCGCCCGAGAAUAAAAAUGAAACUUGUCGUAUCUCCUUCCAAAGUAUUUGUUAAAAUGUGAUUGUUGCUCGCUUUUGGCUUAGUGCCACGGGAUUAAUGGGUGUUUUAACAGAAAUAGGUGCAAUGAGGUGCGUGAUGGUAGUGCUGGCAGUGUGGUGGGGCUGUGCGGCGGGCUGCCCGUCGCUGUGCUCGUGCCGCGGGGCGGCACGGGCGGACGGCGAAGCGCCGCCGACGCCCGGUGAGCCGCUGCGGCUGCGCUGCGGCGGCCCGCCGGCGCUCAUCUCCGAGCUGAAGGAGGUCGACUUCACGGACGUCACUGGCUCCGUCGUCAGCUUGAACAUGUCGGGCAAUGCCAUCAACACUCUGUCACGAGACCUGCACCUGCCUAAUCUGCAGAAACUAGACCUGAGUCGUAACCAGAUCAGCCUGAUAGAGUCGGACGCGUUCUACAACAUCACGGCCGUGACGCGGCUGGACCUGUCGCACAACCAGAUCAGCUCCGUCACUCGAGAGAUGUUCAAGGGGCUCGUCAACCUGGAGCGGCUCUACCUCAACCACAACCUGCUCACCACCCUCGCGCCCGGCACCUUCCACCAUCUCAUCGCCUUGAAGCAGCUAGACAUAACGGAGAACCGGCUGGUGUGCGACUGCGCGCUGGUGUGGGUGGGCGAGUGGGUGCGCAACACCAGCGUGCGCCUGCAGGGCGGCCCCAAGUGCGCCUCCCCCGAGGCGCUGGCCGGCCGCCAGCUCCGCAAGCUGCGCAUCUUCCUGGACCUGGCGGCCUGCGGGGCGCCGCCGCCCUCCGCGCUGGUCACGCGGCCGGACAGAGACCAGCUAGUGUUCGAGGGCGACGCGCUCACGUUAACGUGUAGCGCACCGUUCGCAUCGGCGCUACAUAAAUACGAGCUGAGGUGGCAUCAUCCGUCGCUGGAGACCUGCGACGUCAACGUCACCAGUACGGACGUUUUAGAGGAGGGCGCCGCGGAGACGACCGCCUUCUUCCCGAACGUGACGACCCACCACGCCGGGGACUGGACGUGCGUGUACGUCGACGACGGCCGAGGACGCCACAACGGGACUAUCAGAGUGACGGUGCUAUCUAAUGCGACUCGUUAUUGUGCCACUAACGUGAGCGUGGACAAUAAGGGGUUGUACUCGUGGCCGCAAGUUUUACUGAACCAUACGGCGGAAGUCCCGUGCCGCGCCGGCGCGGGUGUCGCGACGCGGACCUGCGGGGCCGAGGGUGUGUGGUUGAACGCUAACACGUCUCAGUGCGCGUACAUCAGCAACGUGACCAAGCUGCUCCAACAGUUUGCGUUACUAGACUUGGGUCUGGUGCAGUACUCGGCGGUGAACGCGACGGAGCGGCUGGCGGCGCUGAUCCGCGAGAACACGUACCCGCUGGCGCUGGUGGACGACCCGGACGACGUCAUGUUCGUGGCUCGCGCCGUCAACAACUACAUGCACUACGUCGACGACGAGCCUGAGCUGGGUUCUGCGCUACUGGACGUGAUCAGCGCCGUGAUGAACGUAACACCUUCAGUAAUGGCCGCCGCCGAGGACAAAUAUGGCGCUUGCACGGAGCUCGUACGAGCGGCGGAACAGCUCGCGCCCAGACACAACAACAAGCAGAAGAGCAACCUGGCGGUGGAGAGCUUCCCCGUGCGCGCGGGGUUCGGCGGCGCGACGUGCGCCUGGUACAGCGCGGCCGCGGGCUCGCCUCCGCGCCUGCACUGCACCACCACCAACCGCACCGUCGCGAGGAUGCUCACCUUCCACGACGCGCUCAUCCACGCCAGCGUUCAGAUCCCCGCGUCGCUGCAGUUCGCGUUGGCGCGCGGCUCGGCGCCGUCGCUGGUGGUGUCCGUGUUCCUCGACGCGGCGCUGUUCCCGCUGCUGCCCGAGGACGAGCCCAGCGACGAGCACCGGGCCAAGGACUACUACGGGCGCAGCACCAAGCGCCAGGACAUGAACAUGGAGAUCACCUCGCCCGUCGUCUCCGUGCAGCUGCGGAACGGAAGCUUGUCGAGCUCCCUGAUCGAGCCGGUGAUCUUCACGCUGCGCGCGGCGGGCUGCGGGGCGGCCGCCCGGUGCGCCGUGUGGGACCCCGCCACCAAGCGAUGGCAGCACAACUCGACCGAAUGCUCGGUGCUGCACGUGUCGGGCUGCACUCGGGUGGUGUCGCUGGCGGCGCCGGGCGUGGUGGCGCUGCUGGCGCGCGCCGAGCGCGGGUACUGGGGCGCGCGCACGGCGGGCGCGCGCUGGAAGGUGUCGCACCCCGCCGUCUACGUGGGCUCGCUCGUGCUCACCGGCUGCCUCGCCGCCGCCGCCACCACCUACCUCGCCGCCUUCCCCGCGCUGCUCAUGCCGCGCCGCGCCAAGCACGCGCUGCUCAACACCUGGCUCGCGCAGGCCGCGCUCUGCUUCCUCUACACGCUCGGCAUCUACCAGACCGAGGACGUGCGCCUCUGCCGCGCGCUCGGCCUGCUCAUACACUACCUGUCGUUGUGCUGCCUGCUCUGGAUGUGCGUGUCGGCGCACGUCAUGUACAAGUGGGUGACGCGCCGCGACCGCCCGCCGCCGGACGACCCGCCGGACGCGCCGGUCCGGAAGCCGGUCCUCGGCCUGUACCUGUCCGGCUGGGGCAUCGCGCUGAUCGUCUGCGGGAUAUCCGGCGCGGUCAACUUGAAGGACUACGCGGGGUACGCGCAGUGUUUCCUGAGCACGGCGGCCGCUCUGACCGCUCUGCUCGUCCCGGGAGGUAUCCUCCUCCUAUUCCUCAGUGCUCUGUUCCUGCUGAUCAGGUGUACCAUUCGCGAUGUAAACGUCCAACUGUCCGAGGGCACGCAGGCGACGGAGCACGUGGAUCUAGAGUUGUGGGAGCCGCAGCCGGAGUCGGAGCGACGGAGUAUCAAAUCUGGGGCGGAGUCCGAGACGGAGGACACGGAGCACACUCCUAUAGUACAACUACGUGCCCAGGCUAUAGUCCUUGGCCUGCAUUUAGCCGCCUGGGGCAGCGGAGCGGUUGCCGUAUACAGACCUUUACCCGCCUACCUUCCGUACCAAGAAGACAUUUGUAGCAUAGUCUACGCCAUCUGUGCGACGGUGUUGGGCACCUUUACGUUGUUUUUCUACGGCAUAGCGCGGAGCGACGUGCGCGCGCAGUGGUCCAUGAUGCACUGCUACUUGCAGAAGAGCAAACAGUGCUGUAGGAAACGAAGUGUCUUUGAUUCAAAUCGGCAAAACUUGCCGCCAAGCGCGCCGCCCGUCCCUCUGACGAUCCCUAAUGACAACCGGUCAAGAUCCGGCAGCAGAAGUUCCAACAGGACCAAUUCCAAGACUAAUAACAGCGCAAUUUAUAAAGCGGGCGCCGAGCUCAACGGCCAGACUCUGCAGAAAGACGUGUUAAAGAACACGAACGGAAAAUCUCCGAACAUUAAUUUGGUCGUGCUGCACCGGCAGCAGUACCGCUCCAACAACUCCAUGCUGACGUGCCCCGACACGGCCAGCGUCGGCCCCGAGGCCUUCUACAACCCCAACCAGAUGAAUGUCGCCAAGAAGUUCUUCAAGAAGCAGCGGCAGAACAUGAAGCGGAACUGCCUCGAGUUGCCGAUCAGACGAGACUUCGACAACGACUCCCACGUUUCCCUCCCGCUGCCCACGAGGGAGGCCUACGGCGUCGCCAACAUCAUCAACUCGGGCUCCAAGGUCAACAACACCAACAUACACGUCGAGCGACCGAACGGGAUAAAGGAGCCGCGACACGCCAACAACCCGAACCUGCUCGACGAGGACGCCGACUACAAGAGCUACUCCACCGACCGCAAGUCGUGGGCCGACACCGACAAGGUCAUGAACAUCUACACCAACGUGCCCGAGACGCGCGUGCCCACCCACCACGUGGUCAGCAGGGAAGCACCGGACACGCGCACGGUCUCGCAACAGUGCAGCCUCGAGUACAGCUCCGCGAGCGAGCUGGCGCCGCACUCCGCCUCCGACCACACGCUCGACACCACGCCCACCGAGCUCACCGAGCCGCCCGAGCCCAGCGCCGCCGCCGAGACCACCGACACCGACUCCUUCGGCCUCUACGUCGACUACCGCCGCGCCGAGGAGCCCGUCGACAAGUCCCUCCAGGACAUCUCCGAGGAGUGCACCAUGAACAGCGACGACGCCAACCGAACCGGCACUCCGCACAACCUAGAGGAACGAGACUCCAGCGAGUCGGACAACCUCCUCCCGAACCUCGAGGCCCCGAAGGAGUUCAAGACGUACGACUUCGAGACGUGCAGCACGAACGCGAGCUCGCACGGCGAGAACGAGAGCGACAUCUACUGCCCCAACUACCAGGUGUCGGAGGUGAGCAUCCGCAGUCACGGCCUGUACGCACCCUCGCCCUCCUCCAUGUGCCCCGGCGCCGGCGACAUCAGCUUCAGCGCCGAGGACGUCUCCCACGCCGAGACCCAGUACGUCAACUUCGACCCCGGCUGGCGGAACAAGUCACCCGCUAACGUCGAAGCGUCGAGCUGUCCGGAGGUGGGCCGGGAGAGCCCCGCGUCGUUCGUGAGCGACCUGGACGAGUUGUACACGCAGAUAACGGCCAGACGGGAGGGCGUGGCGCCGGACGCGCUGGACAUGACGGCGCACAGCGACGUCACCCUGCGGCCGGACAGCGACUCGGUGAGCGACGCCGACUCCAACGCGCGCACCGGCACGCUCAAGGGCACGCUGGUGUGAUAACCGCCGGCUUUCAAGGUUCAAGUGACCGCAGACUGAUUUUGUAUUUGACGCCCGCGGGCUUCUAAACUCUCUAAGUCCUCAUUCGUGUUAUAUAUCGUCGAUGACCGACUGAUUCCCGUAUUUGACUAUGGAGAGUAACCGAACGAAUACGAGAUUUUCUUAAUUAUGACCGACGCAAUGUUUUAAUUGUUCUAAUACGUAAUUUUUAUAACGUCGUAUUUCAUUUUAUUUGUAUUUCGUAUAGCUGUGAAUAUGACAAACGUGGACUGAAAAUAAAUUUUAUUUAAUCAAUGGUUCAAUUCAACCUUUGGGCUGACUGACAUGAUACCACGUACAGAACUAUCGUGUCUACGAUCUACACAAUAGAUAUUAGAAUAUCUUGAUCAAACGCUGACAUUAUGACGGUUAGCUCAGGAGUGAUGAAUUAACUGAUGUACUACUUAUUGCAAAAAGAGCUAAUUUAAAUAGUGCCAUUAAUAUAAGUUUGUAUAAUGUUAGGCUAAGUUGUACAUUUGUAAUUGUAAAUUAAUUUAUUGCUAUGAUUACUAGCGAGUGUCGCGACAUAUCCGCGAGUGGAACCCUGCGCUUGUUUGAAUACAAAAUAAAUGAAGUACCAACAACAGCAUUCAAUAUAGAUGUUGCUACACUACCUAUAAUAUAAACAAGCAACUCCUUCCACUCGAGGGCAAAUCGCGCCAGAGCCCACACUAUGACGUUGACGAUGUUUUUUUACUAAGCGUAUUAUAUGUGCCAAACGACUUAUUGGAAUGUUAACCUUCUAACCUAACCUAAAAGAUGAAUCUUCCACGUUAGGCGGCGAGAAUAGCGGCAAUUCUCGCCGCGGACUGCCGCAUGUUACCGACGCUCGGCCACAAGUAAAGUGGGUUUAUUACAUAGGUAGUAGAUUUUGUACGCGUUAUACUUGUGAUGAACAGUUCGGAGACUUUGGACCUAAACUACGAGUAGCUCUGGGUUGUUUCAGAGAUAUUAAAAUAUUAUUUUGUGUAAGUUUCCCAUCAGUAUUUAUCACUAUUCAAACAAUCCAAGCUGUUUGAAAAACACUAUAGUCGGAUGAAAAGAUUUAAAAAAAAAUAACAAUAUUCAAAGAACUAGGGCCAUUGCUUAGCGGCUGCUUUUGCUUUCGUGAUUGUUUGUGUCCUGUCGUUGUCGUCCUAUAAUACAUACCCAGGUACAAACAACCACUUGCUUCUGUCCGAGCCGGCUUCAACUAUCCUAUAAAUUGGACUGAAUGUGUAUCCCGCCUUGCUUCUCUCUAGUCUACCUAUUGGCAUUUGUAUACAAAUAUGUAGCGUUAUACAUACCUACCUACCUACACGAAACUGUAAUACAUUAGGUUGGAUAUUGUUUCAUGAUAAAGCAUUACCUACACUACACUUCGUAAAUGUAAGAAAGUUAGUGGAAGUAUUGUGCAGCUGAAGUGUGCCUCAAAUCGAUGUUGUACUUAGGGCCUAAAAUUAUGUUGGCGUUUAACUGCAGCCAGCGAGGUAUACCUAGCUACGUCGCUUCAACGACUCUUUACGCGAAUAAAACCGCUUUUGACGCCUCUUAUUAGAAAAGCAUUUUUACAAGGAAUUUGUCAGAUACACGAGUUGUAUAAUUUUUGUAAUUGAAAAGUAAAAAAGGCGGCAUUUGUCCCUUGUAACUUCUAUUGCGUCGAAAGUUUUUACUCGAAUGUACCGCGCAGUGCCGCUUCGCAUUCAGUAUUGUUUAAGUACAUAAGUGUAAAUAUGGCAAGAUCUCGUUUUUGUAAGUACAUAUGUUAUAAUAUAAGGUCGUGAAUGCCGUGGAAGGUAUAUGUCGCUGGCUGCGUCUUGUAGAGGUUUAACAGGUCGAGCUCUGUCGGCGCGCGAGGCCGACGGUUGUGCAUGAACUUGUGAAUGUUGCACAUGUCGCCGAUGGACACAUUUACUUGCCAUAAUAAAUAAAGCCUACAAUUGCCUAUUGUAUGGAUCUCAGAACUGACUGCGUAGUUUUAUAUUAUGGAGAAACGCUAUUUUUUAACUAGUUAAAUAAAUUUACAUGUAUGAAUGUACACUUUAUACACUCAGCCGAAGAAUUUGCUAAGCGGGCGAGGUGUUCAAAAUAAUCUGAACACAAGUUUAUUAUUAAGCAAGUAAGAAUG